GAAUAAAUUCCAGUACCUGAGGUUUUAGGAAGCGAAUCUGUUCUUGAAUCUCUUUGCCAGCUUUAACAUAUUCGCCAAUUGCUCCAUCUCUACUGCGAACCUGAGCCUCUAUGGACCUGAUAUCGGCAGCGCUCUCCUUUAAGGCGUGCUGUUGGAUGCCCAAGGCUGCCCUAAGUUGCCCCACCUCGUGCUUCGCUAGCGAUAACUCGAGGUUGAGAGUUUCCUUCUCGGAGAGGCAUCGCCGCACCUGUUCUUUUAGGUGGCGAAUGUCUUCUCUCAGAUCGUUUGUCCUAUUUUUCCAGAUACGCGAUUCUUUUCGUGUCGGUGUGAUCUGUAAAUGUUUACGAGAAGACUGCAAUGGCGCUGAUUUAUUGACAAUGGACACAGCUUUCUGUUCACUGCUUUCCUCCCAUUGUCCCCCGAGACGAUUGACACGAGUGCCUAGCUCACUGAGAGUCCGACCGAGAUUCCACAAGUGCUCUGCCAUGCAGACCGAAUAGCCGAAACUGUACGUCUGAGACACCAGAGGCGAAUGCUGAGAUGCAGAUCACGCCCUUUAAAAUGAAUCAAGUCAUUAGCAAAUGUUUGGCAGCAUCAACGUAUAUCUGCGAAGUUCCUCUGAGAAUGAACACUUUCAGACUGCCACCGACAGUAAUAACCUGUUGCUUAGCAUCCUACAAAAAAAGACAACUUGGAAACCAAUUUCCUCUAUCAGUACUCUACAUUCAGAAUAUACCAACCAAACAUGCCAGGUUCUGUCUGUGAGAAAAUGUUUUUAGGCGAGAAGUGUAUCAUCCACAGGUAACUGGGAUUACGUCAUCUCUAUCGUUUUAUAUUUCUUCAAGGAUGCAUAGCAACAGGUUAUUAUAAUCGUGUCACAUUCUAAAAAAAAUCCAUUUAUUAGAGAGUUGUGCCAAGAUACAGAUGUGUCUCUCGGACGCUGCUAAGAAUUUUAAUGUAAUCUGCAAUUAAUCGGUUUGAAACAACCUGUACUCUUUGCUCCCAGGUUCUCACUUACACUCCGGAACACGCUGAUGGAUAUGUCAAGAUGCUGGCGCAGCAUGUCGCGUAUUAUUCGAAAGCUAUGCUCCAAGGUCCGUCGACUCUGCUACAAUCAUUUUGAAGAUGAUGAUGUCGAGGAGGCGUUGAUUAUUAACAAGGAAUCUCUCCGAAAGCUCUCCAGUGAUCACCUAAACAGCGACGAGCUGAGGAGGGACGCUCACAUCUGGCAGAACAGGACCAAUGAGUUGAGGGAGGAAGUUCGCAUCCUCAAGAAGCAAGUGAAGGAAUGCGUUACCGAGAAGGACGCUUUAUUUAUCGGACUAAAGCGAGCCAAAGAGGAGAUGAGCGAACUGAGAGCCGCGCUGCGAGUCCAGCAGGAUGUGUUAAAAGAGCGCACCGCCGAGAUCCGAGCCAUUCAGGAUCAGGUGCGGAGGCGAGACGCCAGGAUCGGCGAAUACGUCCAAACCAUUCGUGAUCUGCAGGAACAGAUCAGUGUUAUGAAGAAGCAAGUUCAGGAGUGCAUCGUAUAUAAGGAAGCGAUGAAGAGAGUGAGGAGUGAGCAAAGAGAAGAGUUGUCAGAGGAGUCCAAAAGCAGUACCGAGCAGGGUCCAGUUAAGGAAAGCGAGAACGAGGGACCUAAUGGUGAACCCCAAGCUGUAGCACCACCAGGAGUCACUAUCAAAAGGCUGGAGCAGCAAACACCAUCAAACAGGCCUGACAGCUCCCAGGACACAAGCAGGAAGAGCUUUGCUGAUGAGCUUGCUCCAGGAGUGACAUUAUUGCAACGAACAAACACUGAUUACAGGUCUUUCUGUGAGGCAUAUGAUUUGGGCCCUAUGGUUGCAAGGGGAUCUUUUGGUCAAGUUUUUGCUGCCACUCGAAAGUCGGACAAAUUACCAGUGGCCGUUAAAUUUAUUAAAAGAGCCAGAGGUAAUGGACAUAUGCAGCAUCCUGAUGACCCUGAGGCAGUUCCUAUGGAAGUGGCCACCAUGAGAGCUGUUUGUGCCCCUCCCUCCUGUCCGUGGAUCAUCCAGUUACUGGACUGGUACUGUGGAUCCUCAAAGACUCUCUUGGUCCUGGAGCGGCCUAAGCAGUGCAUGAGCCUCUCGGAGUUUGCCCGAAACAAUAGAUGGAGACUGUCAGAGAAGCAGGCAAGCUUAAUCUUUCAGCAGAUAGUAAGGGCAAUCCAACAUUGCCAUACAAGAGGAGUAUCUCAUAACAGUCUCAAUCUGGAUAACAUCCUGAUAGAGAUGCCUACAGAGCAGGUGAAGGUUAUCAACUUCAGUUACGCACUUUUCUUAGAGCCAGAAGAGGUCACUCGCUCUGCUGGUUUCUAUGCACCUCCUGGAUGUUUUCUGCAGGACAGACGCCAAACAGUCCCUUUAACUGUGAAGACCCUUGGUGUACUGUUGUAUGAGAUGCUAUGUGGUGCUCUGACCUUUGGACGAGAACUGGAAAUUAUGCACAACAUAUUUACAUGUGAAAGAAAACUGAGUAUUGAAUGUAAAGAGCUAAUUCAGUGGUGCCUAAAGCCCUUUCCCAAUGAACGCCCAUCUCUAGAAGAAAUCAUAAUACAUCCAUUUGUUUCAUUCUGCCAUCUGUAUCAGAAACUAUCAUGAAGAAGUCCCUGAGAUUAAAGGCUAUUACAAAGAAAACAGAAAUCUGAUCUUCAGUCCUGUGUUCUUUUCUGUUUAAUGAAAGGGCUGAGUUUAUUCCAAUGUGACACACUUACCUGUGCCAUUUUGUACUGAGGCUGACAGUGCCGCAGUUUGAUGCUCUUACACUUUUCAUGGGACCUAAAGAUAGAACACAUACUUGAGGACAGGCAUUGUUGGCCCAAAUCAGACCUCU